AUGAAGUUCUCUACUGUUGCCACCCUUGCCUUUGCCACCAGCUCUCUUGGUGCUGCAAUUGAACCUAGGGGCCGUGUCGGCGUAGUUCUCGUGACUUGCCCCACGGAAGGCUCCCCAGUUACCGCUUCACAAAUGGCCGGCGUCUACAGCCGUGCGUGCAUCAAUAUCUGGCAUUGCGAACACUCUGUCGCUCCCAUUCAAGCCAACAAUGAGUGGGUUGGCUCCUGCAUCAAUUGCCCUAGCAACAUUCCCGCGGCCUCGGACGGCUGCAUUUUGGCGCCCCAGUAG